UUUCCCUUCCUUUCUCUCCUUUCCUACCCUUCUUUUGUCGACAGCUUAUCGCCGUUGAUGUCAUUUAUCCAGCAAAAAAAUAAAAUAAAAAAAAUGACUGAGACCUCUUCAACAUCCGUUUCAAAUACCUCGGCUGAAGCGCCUAGUCUCCACGAUUCACUGAAGCAAGUGAUCGCAGCCUUACCUCAAAUUGAAGCGGUUCAUGCCUCCAAGUCCAGGCCUACUGAUCCCGAAUAUAAGGUGUCAAGCUUCAAUCACAAGUAUGCAACUCUCUGCGGCUAUAAAUAUCAUUAUGUAGAGGAAGGAAAUCCAGAUGGCAUCCCGUUGAUUCUCCUCCAUGGAUUCCCGGAUUUGUGGUACGGAUGGCGCUAUCAGAUCCGACACCUGGCCAAGGAAGGUUAUCGUGUCAUUGCAGUUGAUAAUCUUGGGUUUGGCGAAUCUGACCACCCGACAUGUGACAUCGACAAUCUGGACACUUACCGUGCGAAAAAUCUGGCCAGUAACCUGAUCGAGCUCUUGGAUCAGAAAAAGAUUGACAAGGCUGUUUUUAUCGGGCAUGACUGGGGCGCAUCGGUUGCUUGGCGACUUGGCAUGCACUUUCCUUGGCGCUGUCAUGCUAUCAUCAGUAUCGGAUUUCCACAUCAGACGCCAUCGACUGAAUAUGUUCCUCCUGAAGCGACGGUCCAAGCCCACCCACAACUCCGUCAUUUCACUGCAUUCCAAAGCAGAGAACCAGAAACGUGGUUUGAAGGCAAUCCACAUACAUUAGCAGUUGCGUUUUUCAAUGCCAUCUAUGGAGAUGGCGAAAAGAAUACAAAUACAGAGGAGAAACAGUAUUAUAUUGACCAGUAUACGCGCUCAACAUUCCACGGCGGUUUGAAUCUAUAUCGAGCCACCACUUUGAACUUUCAGGACGAUUUGCCAUUCGCAGGAAAGCUAUAUACUGUGCCUUCAUUAUUGGCGAUCAUUGACCAAGACCCACUCGUAACUCCAGAGUAUGUGGCAAUGUUCAGUAAAGAUAUCUUUGUAGAGCUUGAACAGACCCAUAUUACGGAGGGGGGUCACAAUGUCCUUGUUGAAAACCCAGUGGCUGUCAACAAGAUUCUCUCGGAAUAUCUUGCCAAGUUCUUCGACAGAACUAAAUCUGUUCAGGCAAGAAGGCUAUCGUACCCCAUCGAAUAAUGAAAUAAAAGGAAAACGCAAGAAGGGUGAUAAAUUAAAACAUUACUCAAGGCCGGGUCAUGUUAUGACGGAUUUUUCCCUCCUCUUCUACUGUCG